AUGACGAACAUGUAUGAAGCAAAGUAUCCGGAGGUGGAUAUGGCGAUGAUGAUACAAGUGAAGAACAUCGCCGACAUGGGCGUCUACGUUUUGCUCCUUGAAUACAACAACAUCGAAGGCAUGAUCUUGUUCUCGGAGCUCUCCCGUCGUCGGAUUCUUAGUGUCAACAGUCUAAUCAAGUUCGGCCAAACCGAGCUAGUGAUUGUCCUCCACGUCGAUAAAGAAAAGGGUUACAUCGAUUUGAGUAAAAGAAGGGUUCCUCGACUUUGUGCUGAGAGCCUUACUAUUCGUGACAGGGUUGAAUACUUGCAGGUUCCUCGGCUUUGUGCUGAGAGCCUUAUUGUUCGUGACGGGGUUGAUUACUUGAAGGUUCCUUGGCUUUGUUUGCCAGUUGAGUAUAAGCCAUUUCUACCAGUGAUAACUGCUAGCCGGAAACCCUUUACUAUUGAUGGUGUGGUUGCAGUUUUGGUUUGA